AUGGUCGAUCUCUACUUCUACCGCGAUCCCGAGGCCGAGGCCGAGGAGAAGGUCGAGGAGGAGAAGGCCGUCGUCGAGGAGGAGGCUGCCGUUGUCGACCCUGGCUUCAACGCUACUGGUGGUGACUGGGAUGCUGCCCCUGCUGGCUUCGCUGGCGCUGCUGCUCCCGGCUGGGAGGGUGCUGGUGAGGACUGGAGUGCGGCCCCUGCUCCUACCGCCGCCGCCGGUGGUGAGUGGGGUGCUGAGACCGCCGUUGCUCCCAAGGACUCUCAGUGGUAG